AUGACGGUUCAGUGGUUAUCGACUACGACGGAUUGCUUACCAAGGCCACUAAGAACCCUCCAUUUCGACAGCACCACCGAUACGCAGAUUCUCAGCGUUACCAAUAUAGCAGGGCAAAAUAUCAGAUGGACUGUGAAGACGAAUGCCGUCUAUCAAAUUCGAGCUUGUCCUGCGCAAGGUCUACUGCGCAAAGGGGAUACUGUUGAGAUCAAAGUGACCCUGAAAAGUGAUCGUGUCAUCUUACCCGACACCGAUCAUUCCAAUGACAAGCUCGCUAUCGACUACGAAGUCACUGGCAGUAUUCGGGAACGAUUCAAGCGACAACGACUCCAUUCAUCUACCAAGAAACGAUACCAAUUUGAUAUUUUGUACAAUUUUUAG